AUGAGUGCUUUACACUUGAUUCAGACUCUUCUUCCACUAGGGCCCGAUGACGAGCCACCAAUUGAUCUGAAAUCCACAGCUAAGCUAGAGAAUUUUCAAGCUUAUGUUGAGAGUCUGAAAUCAAACUCACAGAGUCUACCUCAUUCAUUAGAACAAGUUAGGAUUGAGGCACUACUGGCAUCAAGCUUGGAGGGUUCUUAUAUCAAUUCUUUAACAAUUACUGAUAUCAACAAGCUUAUAAAUAAAUUCGAAAAUUAUCAAAGUGGAAUCAAAGUGUUUAGGGGCCGUCUUGAGCCAAUUGAAUCAAUAUUGGAAGAUUUCAAUCAAGAGUUGAAAGAUCUAUCAUCUAGUCUUACCUCACUACAAGAGCAAUCAUCCAGUUUGACGUCGGACCUAAACUUACAAAGAGGCUUGAGUGAAAAGCUAAAUCCAAUAAUUUUAGACUUGAUGAUUCCUCCUGAUGUUGUCAAAUCAAUAAUGAAUGAUCCAAUUGAUAUUAAAUGGAUCGAAAAUAUAAGAUUUAUAAAUGAAAAACUACAGGUUAUAGCAACUACAAAGUCAUCUGAAGAAGGCCAAUUAUUAUAUUCUUAUAGGGGAUCUAAAGCAGCUACGCAAUUAGAAUCUGGAAUUCAGUUGCUUAUAGCAAAAUCAGUAGAAAGGAUACGAGACUUUAUUAUAACUCAAAUUAAACUACUCCGAUCAUCUUCGACUAUCUCAUCACAAAAGAUCCAAAAGAAAUUAUUAGAUGUUAAAGAAGCAUACUUAUUUUUAAAAACGCAUCAAAGCGAAUUGGCCAGUCAAUUACAGCUUGCAUACAUCUACACCAUGAGGUGGUAUUACCAUGUCAGAUUUGCCAAAUACUUGUAUGCUUUAGAAAAGCUCCAUGUAAGAAAUAUUGAUGGUUCUUAUGUUAUAGGGCAUGAUACUGGGGAAGAUAAACUAGGUGCACUUAGUGGUGGGUUCAAAAGCUGGCUAUCAAGUUCUAAUCAACCGACAUCUCCAAAACUCCAUCAAAUGCAACAAAUGCAACAAUCCAAGGUGGUUACCUUAACUGAAUACCUCCAAUCUAUUGAUAAGCGUCUUGAAAUUUUGAAUAAGAGAACGGAUUACACUUCUGCAAUUCCUUCACAAAUAGCUGAAACCACGCCUUUUAAUUACUGGCUCGAGUUUCUUUAUAAUCAAUGGUCAAUUGCCCUUGUAGACAAUGUUGUUGUUGAAUAUUUAUUCAUGGUUGAAUUUUUUUAUCAAGGUGUUGAAAAAUUUGAAAAAGUGGAAGCUCUAGGAACAGUAACUGAGGGCGAAUUGAAUAGUAAUUCACAUAAAUCUGACUGGUCUGGUGUUAUGUUUGAGAAUGUAUAUAAAUUGGGGUAUGAUUUUGUUACAUGGUUGAUCAGUCAUCAAACACAAUCUGUUGGUUUGAGGUCAAAUAGUAGAGUUAUUCCUUCUACUUCAUUAUCUACUAAUUCCACAUGUGAUGCAUAUGCAAUUCUUUUAAUUAUAAGGUUGAUUCAAGCUACACAAUCUAGUUUACACAACGAGUUUCAUAUCCCAAUAUUGGAUGAUCAUUUAAACUCUUUGCUUAUGACAUUAUGGCCCCAAUUCACCAAAAUCAUUGAUUUGAAUUGUGAUUCUAUGAAAAAGAUUAUAAUGAGAUCUUUUUCUUCUAAAUCAAAAGACCGUCAUCUUGCACCAGUCAGUGUAACCCAACACUUUGCUCAAUUUUUACUGGGUCUACUUAAACUAGCGUUCAACCCAGCUAAUGACAAAAACAAAGAGCAAAUUAGAGGUGAGCCUUUAUUCAUAUCUAUUGAAAGAUUGAGAAAUGAUUUUGAAGGUGUGCUCACUAAAUUAAGUAGUCAUCUUUUUGGUAACACCUCCCAAUCAACUCAAAAGGAGAUAUUUUUGUUCAAUAAUUACUUUUUAAUUGUUAGUAUUCUCAAAAAUGAAAAUGGAUCAGGUUUGGAAUCCAAUGAUUUCAUCGAUGAACAGAUCAGUCACUUUGAAAUGCUUUGCAAAGCUUAUGAAACAAAAUAG